UUCUGUUGUCGUUCUUCACUCUCCAACCGGCGUAGUAACUUGGAUGUGACGUGCAUACAGUUUGUUUUUUAAUUUGUUUCACUAAUAUUAGUGUAGUGUAGUGUAUUUUGUGCUGUAAUAGUAUCGUGUAACUAUGCGAUAUGUGAAAACUAUGCAUUAAAUAAUGGAUAAACUAUGGAUUCGUGGCUGAUUUCGCAAUCCUAAAAUGAGGACUAAAAAAACAUGAAUACUAUAAUUGACCUAAAAACGGAUUUUAUCUACUCAUAACAUCGCGAAUGUUAAUACGAUGAAGAGGUAUUGGAUGAUGCUCUGGUCGCUGUGGGCGAUGCGGCUGGUCAGGCAACCAACGGUGGCUGUACGUGUUGCCGGCGGCUGGUUGCGUGGCCAGGUUGCAAGAGACGGCUCACAUGUGAGGUACACUGGCAUACCCUACGCUACAUAUGAAAAUAGGUUCCAGCCGGCACACUCCAACGUAUCAUGGAAAGGCGAACUUGAUGCGUCCGAAGAACAUAUAAGAUGUUCACAAAGAUUCACUGAAACCCUGAUUUUAGGAACGGAAGACUGUCUCACCCUCAACGUGUACACUCCAUUGGAAUCAUCCAAUGAACUAAAACCUGUCAUGGUGUACAUCCAUGGUGGAGGCUUCAGAGACGGCUCAGGGUCACCUUUCCUCUACGGACCAGAAUAUUUGGUGAAACAUGGCGUUAUACUGGUCACUUUUAACUACAGACUGGAAGUUUUAGGAUUUCUGUGUCUGGGAAUAACGGAAGCACCAGGAAACGUUGGGCUCAAGGACCAAGUAGAAGCUCUUCGUUGGGUUAAAAAUAAUAUAAAGGUAUUUGGAGGCAACCCUAAUCAUAUAACUCUGUUUGGGGAAAGCGCUGGGUCUGCAUCUGUUUUACACCAUUUUGUUUCACCAAUGUCAAAAGGCAUGUUCCAAAAAGCCAUCAUGCAGAGCGGUUCUGCGAUUUCACCCUGGAGUUUACAGUUUGAACCAAUUAAAACGGCGAAAUUAUUAGCCAAUCAAAUGGGUUACAAUUUAGAUGAUCCUUACAAACUAUAUGAAUUAUUUAAAAAUAAAUCAAUCACAGAACUGUUGAGCACACGUGUACCGAGAAAUUACGGAGAUGUAGUACUGUCAGAGAAUAUAUUCGUUCCCUGUAUUGAGAAGAACAUUCCCGAAGCUGACAAAUUUAUGCCUGAUUCUCCAUACAAUUUAAUCACAAAGGGAACCUACAAUAAAGUUCCUGUUAUUAUCGGACAUAACAAUGCAGAAGGGUAUAUGUUUGUAGGUAAAGAAAAUGAUACGACAAUACGAAAUUUUAAUAUAUUUAGCUCACUACCAAGAGAUUUAAAAUUUGCGUCAAAUUUGGAGAAGAAACAAACAGCAGAUGAACUAAGGAAGCUAUAUUUCGAUGAAGAUGAUAAAGAUAAUGAUAUUUUGGCAAAACUAUCCAAAUAUGAAGGUGAUUCAGGCAUCGUCUAUCCGGUUACAAUAACAGCUGAGCUCUUAUCAACGACCAUGGACUACCCAGUGUACAUGUAUAAAUUCUGCCGUGAUGGAUGGAUGAAUUUGCUUAAACUACUAUUUAAGUUUGGGGAGUAUCCUGGAGCAACUCAUGCUGAUGACCUUUUUUAUAUAUUUAAGUUCGCUGUCACGUUGCCUCAGUCAUUUUACGAAAUGAAGACGAUAGACAGAAUGAGUACGAUGUGGACAAACUUUGCUAAAUAUGGACAACCAACGCCCAAUAUAACGCAACUCUUGCCAAUGAAGUGGUACCCAUUAGAUAUGAAGGAACCUCAACUGUUGGUCAUAGACAAAGAGUUAUCAAUAGAACCGCUAUGGAAUGAUCCCAGCUUACGCUUCUGGAAUGAAACUUACACUAAGUACAGGAGAAAAUCGUAAUUAAGGAAUUCAAUGUUCUUAUUUAUCAUGUUUGUGAAGUAACUGUACUUACAAAUUAGGAUUUAUAGUCUUUAAAAUGUAAUAAAACCGGUUAGUAAAUAUUU